GGACCGGGAGCCUCGGGCAGCCGGACCAGCUGGCACUGGGAGGGUACAACGUGCGGCCGCCGGCCACCAUGCUCCAGCGCUGCGGCCGGCGCCUGCUGCUGGGGUUGGCGGGCGCGCUGCUGGCUUGCCUCCUGGUACUCACGGCCGACCCACCGCCGAAUCCAGUACCAGCCGAGCGUGGACGGCGCGCGCUGCGCAGCCUGGCGGGCUCCGCUGGGGCGGCUCUGGGUCCUGGGUCCAGGGCUGCUGCGGAGCCCGGAGCCCUCGCCCGCGAGGUGCACAGCCUCUCCGAAUACUUCAGUCUACUCACCCGCGCGCGCAGAGACGCGGAUCCACCGCCCGGGGUCGUUUCCCGACCGGCCGACGGCCACUCGCGUCCCCCGGCCGAGGUCCUGUCUCCCCGUGACGUCUUCAUCGCGGUCAAGACCACCAGAAAGUUUCACCGCGCGCGUCUCGACCUGUUGUUCGAGACCUGGAUCUCGCGCCACAAGGAGAUGACAUUCAUCUUCACCGAUGGGGAGGACGAAGUUCUGGCCAAGCUCACAGGCAAUGUGGUACUCACAAACUGCUCUGCGGCCCAUAGCCGCCAGGCUCUGUCCUGCAAGAUGGCUGUGGAGUAUGACCAUUUCAUUGAGUCAGGAAAGAAGUGGUUCUGCCACGUGGAUGAUGACAAUUACGUCAACCUCAGGGCGCUGCUGCGGCUGCUGGCCAGCUAUCCCCACACCCAAGACGUGUACAUUGGCAAACCCAGUCUGGACCGGCCCAUCCAGGCCACAGAACGGAUCAGCGAGCACAAAGUGCGGCCUGUUCACUUUUGGUUUGCCACUGGAGGAGCUGGCUUCUGUAUCAGCCGAGGGCUAGCCCUAAAGAUGGGCCCAUGGGCUAGCGGGGGACACUUCAUGAGCACAGCUGAGCGCAUACGGCUCCCCGAUGACUGCACCAUUGGCUAUAUUGUGGAAGCCCUGUUGGGGGUGCCCCUCAUACGGAGUGGCCUCUUUCAUUCCCACCUGGAGAAUCUGCAGCAGGUGCCCACCACCGAGCUCCAUGAGCAGGUGACCCUGAGCUAUGGCACGUUUGAAAACAAGCGAAAUGCAGUGCAUAUCAAGGGACCCUUCCCAGUGGAGGCUGACCCAUCCAGGUUCCGCUCUAUCCAUUGCCACCUGUACCCGGACACACCCUGGUGUCCCCACACCACCAUCUUCUAGCAGCCGUGGCUGAGACCCUGUCCCUGGGCGCCCCUGGUAUCCAAAGGGCCCAGGGACCCCUGUUGUGUGUCCUGGCCUUGGUGUAUGAGGCUCUUCAGGGCUGUGUGUAUAUGUGUGUGUGUCUAUAUUUGUGUGUUUGUGUGGUGUGCCCACCCAUGUUGCAGACUGCUGGGCAGUCGUGUUCUUCAGGAAGUGGCAUGUCUGUCCCUAACUGUCUUUUCUACACUCUGAGGGCAGUUCUGUGGGAUCUGUGUGUGGAUCUCUGCAGGGGAGAGGGGAGAGACCUCAGGGCUCCCCUUAGGGGUACACAGGUGCUAUCUGUCAUAUAGCACAGUCUCUAAGUUGCAGUGCCUGGAACCUUCCCUGUCAGCUGAGCCAUGCCCACUGCUAGGGAAGCUGGUUUGGGUAGUAGAAAGCCUGGGCUCCUCCUUCCGGCCUGCACCCCACCAGAGGCCAUUCAGGUGAAUGGUGCCUCCCUCUCUACCCUCCAGGGUAGGGGGUGAAGUCUUCAGCCCCAUCCUGUCCCUUGAGGCCCUGUCUUUGUCUCCCACACCAGGGGGCUCAGAGCUGUGAAUUUUAUCUCCUCUCCAAAGUAGAGAGAAAGUCGCCCAUAGUGGGUGUGCCUGUAAAUAUUGUGACAGUAUUUUUUUACUGUGCUGUUUCAUGAGAAGGGAGGGGGGGGGUCUGAAGGGAGGGGGGUUUGUUUUCUGGGUGGGCUGGAGAGGGUCUUAUUUUAUCUUUUCUGUGGAUCAGAAAAAAGCAAAAGCCAAACAGGCUUGGCCUUUGGAAAGCUGGACCGUGAAUGCCUUAGUACUGUAUUUAUGCCUUCCAGUAUCUGGAAUCCUGCUAUCCCCCACCAAUCCUCCCCAGCACCCCAAGCCUCACCUCACCCCACCCCUACCCCAUGGGCUAUGUUCUAUGUUCUUUUUUACAAAGACCUUAGCUAGGCAUGCUAAUGAUGAUAAGGGAAAAGCUCUCAGGGAAUUGAUGUGUUGUUGCCAUGGCGACGUCCUUCCUCUGAAUAAAGGUGCUCUUUGCAGCAA